AUGGGCAGACGUACAAGCACCGGUCUGGUACUCUUCGCGUGGCUCGGUAAGCGAGAACUUCCGGAAUGCAAGGCAUAUCUAGCUUUCACUCAACUAUAUGAUACUAGUUGCUCUUACUGUAACAGAAAUAGCACCGCUUGCUUAUUCAAGACCGCCACUUCUAUAACACCAACUGCGGAUACCGUACCUUCAUGUACAGCUUUCUUCUUUCACAACUCUUUCCUCCUAACGCUGGCUUUCUUUCUAAUGAAAGGGCCUAAGACUCAGGGGCGUGCGUGGGGGCAUUACGGGAUUGAGAGCAAUUGGCUGAUAGGUGGAAGUAUUCAAGAUAACUAUAGAGCGGAAUGCUUGGAGCGAGCCGAGCGCUUUCCUUUUAGCCGUGUAACUUGGCCUAUUGGUCUACUGGUCUAUUAG